ACUGGACGUGGCCGGAGGCGCUGCUGGAGCCGGGCGGGACCCCCCGGAGGAACCGGGACCCCCCAGGACGGACACGGCCCCCCCGGGAUGGAUCCAGGAGCGCCCAGGAUGGACCCAGAGCCCCCCAGGCCGGACCCAGGGCCCCCCGGGACGGACCCCGGACCCCCCAGGCCGGUCACGGAUCCCCCCGGCUGGACACGGGACCCCCCGGGCGCACACAGGACCCCCCGGGCCGGACGCGGGACCCCCUGGGAUGUACCCGGGAUACUCCGGGAUGGAUCCGGGACCCCCCAGGACGGAGCCGGCCCCCCCAGAACGGACGGGCGCCCCCCGGGCUGGACAUGGGAUCCCCCGGGCUGGACGCGGGGUCCCCCCCCGGGGGGAAGCGGGGCCCCCCCCGGGUCCCCCCGGAGGCGGAGCGGCGGCACCGAAGGAUCGUGUCCUGGUUCUGCGACCACCCCCGCGCCCCCUUCGGCAUCCACCGGCUCGUGGAGCUGGGCCGGGAGUUCGGCAAGAGCGCCGGGGACUGGUACGGCCCCGCCAUCGCCGCGCACAUCCUGCGGGGGGCGGUGGAAUCGUGCCCGGAGACCCCCGGCCUCGCCGUCUACGUGGCUCAGGAUUGCACCGUUUACAAGGGGGACGUCGCCAGGUUGGUGCGGGGGGAGCCCGAGAACGGGACAGCGGGAUUGGGAAUGCCGGGAUCGGGAAUGGCGGGACCGGGAAUGGCGGGACCGGGAAUAGCGGGACACGGAGCACCGGGACCGGGAAUGCCGGGAUCGGGAAUGCCGGGACCGGGAAUGCCGGGAUCGGGAAUGCCGGGACACGAAGAACCGGGACCGGGAAUGCCGGGAUCGGGAAUGGCGGGACACGGAUCACCGGGACCGGGAAUGCCGGGACCGGGAAUGUCGGUACAUGGAGCACCGGGACCGGGAAUGCCGGGAUCGGGAAUGCCGGGACACGAAGAACCGGGAUCGGGAAUGCCGGGAUCGGGAAUGCCGGGACAGCGCCGCGGCAUCGUCCUGCUGGUGCCGGUGCGGUUGGGGGGCGAGAGCCUGAACCCCGUGUACGUGGAGUGUGUCAAGGAGCUGCUGCAGCUCCGCUCCUGCCUCGGCAUCGUGGGGGGAAAGCCCCGGCACUCCCUUUACUUCCUCGGCUUCCAAGGUACCGACCCCGCGGGAGGGGGUCCCGGGGGGGUUCUUGGGGGGUCCCCAACCCCUCUGUGCCCCCCC